AUGGCAGUCAGUUCUGUAGACCUGCUUAUGGGCUUUUCCAAGCCAUCUGAGGAUGAAGAGACUUAUUACUUUGAUGGCCUUGCGGGCUCACCACGUCUCAUCGCCAAGACCUCCACCACUCCCUGGGAGACCCAUACAGACAUAAACAGUAGGUCGAAAAGGAUCUCGACGGUGGGUGACCACCACCUCGUCCACAAAUGGUGCCCAGAGCUGCGCACAGGCAUCGUCAGAGCCCUGAGCAAUCCCGGGGCAAGGCCCUCAUCCAUGGGAACCAGCAAUGUUGGCGGCGCUGCGGAUAUGAUGAUCCAUGCAGAAGCUUUGGCAGACCCGGACAGUCAAGAUGGUUCUGUCACUCUGAAUCUCGAUGCCAACGGUUUUCUCCAACUUCACGGCCGCGAUAUUCCACCCCAGCCGCCCUUUGCAUGCGACGAUCGCACAUCGCAUCUGGUGGCCAAACGCGGCCAAACUACGGGCCUCCGAUUUGGCAUCACUAACGAGAUCGAGGCAGUCCGGCGCACUCCAUUCGGCAAAGGACAAUCUCUUGUCUCGUAUCAUCUGUUGGUGUUGGAUUUUGUGGGUGGUCACUUUUCUCAGCCGGGUGAUUCGGGCUCAAGCGUCUUUGACUGGACUGGCCGUGUAAUGGGCAUAUUGGAUGGGGGUGAGAGGGUUAAGAACGUGGUGCGCUACAUGAAGAAAUACCACUUGGAGACCGGGGCUGGUCUGCCCGACGUGUCUGAUGUGCCGAGUCAAGAGUCGCUCCCGGAGGGUUUCGCACAGCUGACAGCGAGUGCGAUCUUGGGCCUCGAUGAGCCAAUCGAACCACUAGGGGAUGCAAUGCCUGGAGAGGACCCGUCGCCAGAUGUGACAUUUGUCACUCCUAUCCAGUGGAUUUUGGAGGACAUACGGGAGUUUGCGGGCUUCUUGGUUGCUGGCGGACAAGCUCCGGCACCUUUGCCAACACCCCCAAGUCCCGAGGCAACUGCCGCAGUCGAUCUGGCCAUGGCAACUAUUGAAACAGCCACCAGGGCAGAGCAGACCCGUCUGCGCAGGGACUGUCUGCGCAGAGACGGCUACCGCUGCGUUUAUAGUGGCUCUUGGGAGAUGGAUGUUCACGACGACCAGAUCGUCCUGCCUCCUCGCGGUGCUAUGAGGACCUCUACCGAAUGCGCUCACAUCAUCCCUUUCGCUUUGGGCUCCUUCAACGAGAAUGACGCUACCGAGACGCGUGACAAGGCCAUCAUAUGGUUCGCGUUGCACCGGUACUUCCCGGCGCUCCGUGAGAAGAUUACAGCUAGAAACAUAAAUCAACGCGCGAACGCCGUCACCCUCGACUCGAGUGUGCAUAAGAUCUUUGGCAAGUGCAAGCUUGCUUUUUCCCCUUCAGACGAGUUCAAAGAGCGGUUCUCCACUGUUCCGGCUCAUUAG